GAUGUGAACAACAUCCGCAAAACGUAGGAAUUUGAUACAAAAACUAUGAGCAAGAAAAGCAAUGUCUGGCAGUUUUUCUACAAGGCCAACGAUACGGUGGCCACAUGCUGUCUAUGCAACAGAAAUUACUCGAGAAAGGGCAGAGGCACCACCUGCCUGAGGAACCAUUUGAAAAGCAAGCACCCUGUGGAGUUUCAAACACUCGCCGAAGAUAUCAGGUGCUUAGUGAAAAGAGAAGUAACUUAUAGGUUGCCACAGCAUCCUACAUCACAAUUGGAACUGAAACUGCAUAAGAUCGCUCCUGAUCCCUUGGAAAUGGACAAUGAAGAUCAGUUGUUUGCGCGCUGUGACGAACAUUUGGCGCAAAUGUUUCUCAAUCACUCCUUCGACUUGAUAGAAGGCCCCGGAUUCAUAAACUUUGUGAAAGUUUUGCACUCGGGAUAUGUGAUCAAAGCGAGGGGCUACUAUGAGAAUAUAUUGUGCCGCGAUAUCCACAAUAGACUUCACGUUCAGGUGAAGCAGCAGGUGGAUCUGCUAGGUGCUAUAUCGCUGAGCACCAGUCUCUGGUGGGCCAAUAACGAUGGCCUGCUUAGCCUCUCGUGUUUUGGUGUCACGAGUGAUUUCAAGGCUCAGCGAUUUACGCUCAAAUGCGAGGCUCUUAGCUAUGAGGACACCGACAGAGUGGCCUAUUGUAUUCAGGGUUUGAUCUCAGGUUUGGAUAUGGAGCUUUCCAGAGAGAAGGUUCAUUGCAUUAUCCGAGAUGAGGCAACUGCUCUGGCCGGAGCACUUCCCGACUGCUCUGUCUCACGCCUGCAAAUGUGUGUGAGAUUCGCCUUGCAAGAGAACCAACAGCUCCAGAAUCUCUACUCGAAAUGCAAGCAAAUUGUUGAGCAUUUUGCGUCCUCCACGAUGGCCCAGGAGCAGCUGAAAUUCAUUCAAGAGAUUCGCCUUAAACAAGAGCCGUGCUCAAUCAUCGCCGAAAGUCCCUUGAGAUGGAACUCCAUUUUCGACAUUAUGGGCCGUGUGCUCAAGAUGAAGGACGCUCUCUCGCUGUACGCCGAGGAAAAUAGUCUGGUCCAAAUCUAUCCAGAUGAAUGGCUGGACAUUGAUUUGUGCAAGAAAGUAAUGCAGCCUUGCGAGGAGAUCAUCAAAAUGUGGAGCGAUUCUUCAACGACCGCCUCUUCGGUGAUUCCGCUUGUGGCUGCCUUGAGGGAUUCUCUUCGAACAGAUGUCCACAAUUUUGUGUCCUCAGUGACCAUUUGCAGCUUUGCCCGUAAACUGCUAGAAGAACUGGAAAUGAAGUUCUCUCAUAUUACCACAGAUAUAAAAUAUCUGGUGGCCACAUAUUUGGAUCCGCGCUACAAGCAAGCCUUCUUCAACGAUCGCGAAGAGCAACUGGUCACCAACGAAGUGCUGCAGCAGCUAACCAGCAUCCAAGGAAACGACGAGGGUCAGCCUUCUUUGCAAAAAGUUAAAAUAUCUUCUUCGCAAAUUAAAAAUGAAUCAAAGAUUGAUACCAUUUUGGAUAAUAUACUGGCCUCUGGCUCUGCCCAUAAUCAGACAGCCACCACAUCCUUUAGCUCUCAGUCGCAGUUUAAGAACCUCCUAUAUCUAUACAACUCCGAGCCAAGAAUUGAGAGGAGCAUGGAUCCUUUGAUUUGGUGGAAAACAAACAUCAAAUACAGCCCCCUGUAUAGGAUUGUUCGGCAGUUUCUUUCCGCUCCGGCAGCGAGUGCGUCCAACGAGGCAUUGUUUGGCGAAUCUUCACAUUUGUAUAGUGAUAUGCAGGGGCAUUUGAGUCCCGAAAGUGUAUCCAAAAUAUUGUUCAUCAAGUCCAACUCUAAGGUCUCCGACAACAGAGUGUAAAAGCUG